AUAUAAAAAUUACAAGGGGGAUCGAUGCAGGAUCAGGAACUUCUAACGCCCCCUUGCUUGAGCUCACAACACGCCUCCAGAGUUGUCUUUUGAAAGCCCCCGGAGACCGGCCUGUCAAAAACAAAACACCUGAAAAAUAUUUGCUCUCUGCAGAAUGGCUCAUUCCAAGGUGCCCAAAGUCAAGCUCUACAAUGGAGUGGAAAUGCCCAUCUUCGGACUGGGCACUUGGAAGUCGAAGCCUGGCGAGGUGACCCAAGCGGUGAAGGACGCAAUCGACGUUGGCUAUCGGCACAUCGACUGCGCCCACGUGUACGGAAACGAGCAGGAAGUCGGACAGGGCAUCGGCCAGAAGAUCAAGGAGGGCGUCUGCACCAGGGAGGAGCUCUUCAUCACCAGCAAGCUGUGGAACACCUUCCAUAGGCCGGACCUUGUGCUUCCGGCGUGCAAACAGACCCUAAAGGACCUGGGCCUGGAAUACCUGGACCUGUACCUGAUCCACUGGCCUGUCGGCUACAAGGAGGGAGAGAGCAAGUUCCCUGCUGACGCCGAUGGAAACACCUUGUUCAGCGAGGUCGAUUACGUCGACACCUGGCCCGAGAUGGAGAAACUGGUCGAGUCCGGUUUGGUCAAGUCCAUCGGCAUCUCCAACUUCAACAGUGAGCAGAUUGAACGCGUUUUGAAAGUGGCCAAAAUCAAACCUGCCGUGCUCCAGGUUGAAUGCCACCCUUACUUGAACCAAAAGAAGCUGAUGGCCUUUUGCAAGGAGCGCAAAAUCGCCAUCACCGCGUACUCGCCUCUGGGCUCGCCCGACCGUCCUUGGGCCAAACCCGAAGACCCGCAACUCCUCGAUGACAAAAAGCUCAAGGAAAUCGCCGAGCGCCUCAAACGCAGUCCGGCUCAGAUUCUCAUUCGCUACCAAAUCGAGAGAGGAAACAUUGUCAUUCCAAAGUCAGUGACGAAAUCCAGAAUUGCCGAAAACUUUGAUGUUUUCGAUUUUGAACUGUCCAAGGAGGACGUCGAGCAUCUGGACACUUUCGAUUGCAACGGCCGCAUCUGCCCCAUCUUGCCGGCCAAGAAUCACACCCACUACCCAUUCAACAUUGAAUACUAGAACUUCACUCUGCAGGUGAUUUCAAAUCAUUUGUUCAGUCGGAAAAGUUUAUUUAACCUUUUAAAUCAAAAUAAACAUAUAUAUAUUUUUUCUGUUUAAAAUACACAACUUGGAAGUUUCAAACUA